GAAGCCGCGCGGAGAUGCUUUGGACAACGUUACGCGCUGCCUGAACCAAAAAUCGAACGCUAAAAGUGACAACAAAAACAAAAAGAAAAACAAAAACCAGAAACUAAAUAAAAGUCUCAAAAAAAUCAAACCAAAAAAAGAUAACAAAAAUUGCACUUGUUUAACGGUUAAACAAAGUUAAAAAGUUCAACAAAAUUGAAUUAAGCAAAGAAAUUUUAGAAACUUAAUGAAAUGAAGUUAAAUACAGCCUGAACCGUUAUGAAGUCGCCGGACAAACUGACUAAUUGAGCGCGGAACUUCCGCUUCCGUUGGGCGAGCUGCGAGCAACCCAAACUCAUAAAAUAACUACAAUAACUCUCGUGCGCCACCUCCUACGCCAUAUCAAUUAAGUUUUUCAAAAAGUUUUCCGAGGCAAACACACAACAAAAAAUGGAUUACGCCUCGCUGCUGUUUCUCUUCAGCUGCACAUUAAUUGAUAUGCAGGGCAUCUCGGCGCUGUUUGUGACGGAUAUCAGCGUGCCGGAGAUAGUGGACUUUCGGGACAAUGUGACGCUCUCCUGCAGCUACGAUAUGAGCGGGCACACCUUGAACUCGGUGAAGUGGUACAAGGAUCGCCUCGAGUUCUUCAGAUACACGCCGCUAAUGCGUCCCGUCUAUAUGACAUUUCCCGUGGCCGGCAUCCAGGUGCUCGAUGGCAAGUACUUUUGCAAUGAGUCCACGUGCCGCGUGGACCUCAGUCUGCUGGGCGCCAAGUCCACGGGCAACUUUAAGUGCGAGGUGAGCGGCGAUGCACCGCACUUCAAGCUGGCUGCCAAGGAGGACAACAUGACGGUCGCAGCCCUGCCGCAAAGUGACCCACUUAUCGAGGGCUUCAACUCGAUGUAUCGCUUGGAGGAGUUCCUCAGUGCCACCUGCUCCUCGGACUACUCCAGUGUGCCCACCAAGCUCACCUGGUAUAUCAACGGCGAGCAGCCCAUGCUCGGCGAGCUGCAGCCCUUUAUCGAUACGACUAUACCCGCCCACGACUACAUACUGCGCCGGCAGCGCCUGCAGGUGCACUUCUAUCUGCAGGGACACCGCUUCUACCUGGUCAGCAAGAUACUUGAGCUCAAGUGCGUGGCUGAAAUCGAAAACUAUCCGGAACUGCGACGCGAGACCACGCUGAGUGCUUCGCUCUCGCAUUCCGACAAUCUGAACAACCAAAUGCUGAGGCAUCCAGGAGCAUCUUCAGCUGCAGCAGACUGCAGAUGCUGCCUCUGGCAAAGGACCUGCCUAAUAACCAGUCUGCUUGUGAUAAUUCUGAUUACGCAAUGCGCUCAACGUCCAUCAUGAGCGCCUACAUCGGCUACGCAGCUGCCUCAGUCCGGGACGACGGACGCUGGGGCAAAUAUAUCAGCAAAUUAGUUAGUUAGUUAGUAGAGCAACCUGCCAGCCAGGACAACGUACCGGACAGGCUGAAGAUCUGGCGUCUAGUCAAUAGAGAGAGAGUUUAGGUAAAGGGCAAAUCAUACUGAAAGAUCCAGGCUCCGAGUUUGUCGCUUUGUACAUAAUUAGGGCGGAAAGCAGUG